AUGGCGUCUCUUCUCGCCAACGGUAUCUCCGGAUUCUCACCACAACCCACCCCUGAUUCCUCCAAAUUACCAAAAUCAUUCCUCCCCAAACCCGAUUCCCUGAAAUUCCCCUCCCCCAAAUCCCAAACCCCCUCCUCCGCCGCAACGACGACGAGGCGUUUCAAAGUCAGAGCCGAUGUCGAAUCAGGUAACACCUCCCUCAAACCACCUCUCACCUCCACCGAUAAACUCCAGCAGUAUUUCCAGAACCAAGACUACGAUACCAAAUACGGAUUCACCGAAGACAUCGACUCCUUCACAAUCCCCAAAGGCUUAUCCGAAGAAACGAUCCGAUCCAUCUCCAAAUUGAAAGAGGAACCCGAUUGGAUGCUCGAUUUCCGUUUCAAAGCCUACGCCAAGUUUCUCAAACUAGAAGAGCCUCAAUGGUCAGAUAACAGGUAUCCUUCAAUCAAUUUCCAGGAUAUGUGUUAUUACUCAGCUCCGAAGAAGAAACCAACUCUGAACAGCUUAGACGAAGCAGAUCCUCAGCUCUUAGAGUAUUUCCUCAAAUUAGGCGUCCCUUUAACAGAGCAGAAGCGAUUAGCUAACGUUGCGGUUGAUGCGGUUCUCGAUAGCGUUUCCAUAGCAACCACUCAUAGGAAGACUCUAGAGAAAUCAGGAGUCAUCUUCUGCUCCAUCUCUGAAGCGAUUAGAGAGUAUCCUGAUUUGAUCAAGAAGUAUCUAGGGAGAGUUGUGCCUAGUGACGAUAACUACUACGCAGCUUUGAAUUCAGCUGUGUUCAGCGAUGGAUCUUUCGUUUACAUACCGAAGAACACGAGAUGCCCCAUGCCGAUCUCGACUUAUUUCAGGAUCAACGCUAUGGAGACUGGUCAGUUCGAGAGGACGUUGAUUGUGGCGGAGGAAGGGAGCUUUGUGGAGUAUUUAGAAGGUUGCACUGCUCCUUCUUACGAUACGAAUCAGCUUCACGCUGCUGUUGUGGAGCUUUACUGCGGCGAAGGAGCUGAGAUCAAGUACUCGACUGUGCAGAAUUGGUAUGCAGGGGAUGAAGAAGGUAAAGGAGGGAUUUACAAUUUCGUCACGAAGCGUGGUCUUUGCGCUGGUGACCGUUCAAAGAUCUCGUGGACUCAGGUUGAGACUGGCUCUGCGAUUACUUGGAAGUACCCGAGUGUUGUUUUGGAAGGUGAUGACUCGGUUGGUGAGUUUUACUCUGUGGCGUUGACGAAUAACUAUCAGCAAGCUGAUACAGGGACGAAGAUGAUCCAUAAAGGGAAGAACACGAAGAGUAGGAUCAUUUCCAAGGGGAUCUCGGCUGGGAAUUCGAGGAACUGUUACCGUGGUCUUGUUCAGGUUCAGUCCAAAGCUGAGAAUGCUAGAAACACUUCGACUUGCGACUCCAUGCUUAUCGGUGACAAAGCAGCUGCUAAUACCUAUCCUUACAUCCAGGUAAAGAAUCCAUCGGCGAGAGUGGAGCACGAAGCGAGUACUUCAAAGAUUGGGGAAGAUCAGCUUUUCUAUUUCCAGCAGAGAGGGAUCGAUCACGAGAGAGCAUUAGCGGCGAUGAUCUCUGGAUUCUGCAGAGAUGUAUUCAACAAGUUGCCUGAUGAAUUUGGAGCUGAAGUUAACCAGCUAAUGAGCAUCAAGCUUGAAGGAUCAGUUGGUUAA